GGCUACACCGAAAUAUAUUCCUUUCUUUACCCAUAAGAUGAGCAUUAUAAGGAAAAUUCACAUGAUGAGUGUUCUGCAAGGCAUAAACGUGCAUGAAACAAAGCUCAACUACACUCCUACAGAGGCACCUUCUUGUCUGCUUCUUCCUAUGGCUUUUACAAGAAAAGCUAGCACCAGCAAUAGAUGAUGGUGGAACAUGUAGCAGGACAGGGCGGCAGGCAAUCUUAUUCACGGUGACAAGCAGAAUGAUCCAUAACACGAUCAUAAAAGACGUCACCAUAUAUGCAAUAAUGGGUCCAGCCUCGCCGCCUUGCUCAUUUGACAAACGUGCUCAUAUCACCCAACCCCCAUUAUCUGGACCUAGAUUGUCAUGUCCACUAAAUUAUGGUUGAGAUCUAGGGACAGCCUCCUUGUUCAAUGAUCUUACUUGCAACUUGCUUUAAUUUGAUCUUUUUUAAUCUUUUGGGUCCUAAUCUUCUUCUUUUUCCCAUUCAAAUCGUCCGUUCUUUUUCUUUGGGUAUAUAAAGGCUUAGGCAUUUCCAACCUUUGUCAUACCAACAUAGCUACAACACCAAAGACCACCCAAAAGAGUUGAAAUCUCCAACCCUCAAUUAGUUCCACCAUGGAAUCUUACUACUUUGAUCAGUCCCCAAGUUCAGAAUUCUCACAAUUCUCACAAGAAUCAUUAUCACUGGAUGAAUCCGUCCUGUGGGAUAAGCUUCUUUUCCACCACAGUUCACUUCCCUUCAACCUUGCUGACUCUGAAGAAAUGCUACUUUUGGAUGUCAUAGCCAAGGGGAGUUCUACACAAACAUGGGAAACAGCCAAUUCCAUGGGUUUUGUCAAGGAAGAGGAAGUCACUUCCAAUGAAAAAGAAGAGGCAAAUCACAAGAAAGAGAUCAAGUCCUAUAGAGGGGUUCGGCGGCGGCCGUGGGGAAAGUACGCGGCGGAGAUAAGGGAUUCAACAAGGCAUGGAAUCCGAGUAUGGCUUGGAACCUUUGACAGUGCAGAGGCAGCUGCUCUAGCAUACGACCAGGCUGCAUUUUCAAUGAGGGGAACCUUGGCUGUGCUCAAUUUUCCGGUGGAAGUGGUCAGGGAGUCUCUGCAAGACAUGAAGAAUGUGAAUUAUGAGGAGGGCUGCUCACCUGUUGUGGCACUCAAGAGGAAGCACUCCAUGAGAAGAAAAUCCAUGUCUAGGAAAAGUAAAGGGAAAGAAGAGAUGAUGAGGCCACAGAAUGCGGUGGUUUUGGAGGAUUUAGGAGCUGAAUAUUUGGAGGAACUUUUGAGGUUGAGCCCAUCUCAGAAUUCCUGUCCUCGGUGAAUCUUUUUCUUUUUCAUCUUCAUUUCUUCAUGUAAUUCCUUUGUUUGUUCCUUCUUACUUUUUUUUUUCCUUUCAAUUUCUAUGAUAUCUGUUUGGUUAUCAAAAUCAAGUUUGUCAAGAUUUUGUGGAGUUUCAAUAUGGGCUAGGAGUCCUAAUCAAUCCCGUUGCUUGUAAAGUUGAAAAGAUGGGAUUCUAAUCAAGUUGCAUUAUCUUGUCUACCUCAA